AACAGUGAGGAAAGCAUGCAGUUCAUUGCACGCUUGGGCCACUACUUCCGGGAUACCCACCUCUUUUGGAUUGGACCUGUCUACCCUGUCCUGCGGCUCAUCCACCCUAAGUUCAUUGCUCCCCUGCUUCAAGCCUCAGGUAUCUCGCACUUGUCUCUUUCCUGCUUCUUCUCCCAGUCCUUCUCACCUCCUCAGACCAAGCCGCACAGGGGAUAAAGCCAUAUGGGACAGAUGUCAUGACUCUGUCACCAAUCUUCUGGAUGACACUGGACAAGGGCCUGAGCCUCCCGUGCUGUUGAUUUCUGUUUGGGUUGUGAGUUACAGAGUUAUCAAAAAAAGGGAAUUUGUUGUCUGGGGGUGUAGCUCAGAGCUAGAGCACAAGGCCUCAGGUUGCAUGUGAUGCACAUGAAAAAGUACGUAAAGACUAUUGUUAUUGAGGUCAGGGAAAGAGGUCUUCAAACACAAGUGGAUAAAUGUUGUAAAUAAUGGCAGGAACCAUUUCUUAGUUCUGGUUUUCGCUAUGGUGGCUUCACUUUCUUGCAAUAAAAGAUUACUCUUAGAAGCUCAGAAUCCUCAGGGAAAAAAAAUCCAUGUAGCCUUGGGAAAUACUCUAGGAUUUCUUUCAAUUUGAUUUUGGUAAGAGGACUGGGUUCUUCCUCUGAUCACUGUGACUUGAUCUCACUGAGGUUACAAAUACUGGGACUGAGAUUGGGGGAAGGUGUGAGGUGCUUGGCCCAGGAGAAUAGAAAUGCAGAAGCAGACACCACGGUCAUUCAUGUUACCAGGAUACUGACGCUAAUUCUGUCAGGCGGAGGUUGCAUUGUUAAGCUGCACUUUAUUCAAGCACUUGUGACCUGAGAAGGUACUAGUUGAACCCGCUUGACCAGUUGCUGUGAUAAAACCAAGACAACUUACAGAAAACAAAACAAACAAACAAACAAAAAAAGGUUUCUGUGGGGCUUACUUUCCUGGGGAACGGGUUUGUCGCUGCUGUAGUGCCUAAGUACAGCGGUAGGCAGCAGGGCGACUAAAGCUGAAAGCGAGCUCGCAUCGCACACCAGUAAGAGAAAGCAGAGAGAGAAACGGGGUCGGGGGAGGGGGGCUGCGGGAGGCUUUUAACCCUCAGCACCUACCUCCAGUGACUCACUAUGAGGGAAAUCUCAGUUAAACUACUGCAAACCUGAAGCGCUGCCUUAACUAAGGAGCUGAGAGUUGCGCAGUACGCACUUGAAGUCCGGGACUGGGGAGGUGGGGACAGGCGGAUCUGGGAGCUCUCUUGCGAGCUAGCCUUGCCAAAUUGCUGAGCCCUGAGUUCCAGCGAGAGACCUUGCUGAAAACAGAAAUAAAAACAAGGUAGAUGCCUGCCAAAGAACAACUCCUGAGCUUGACCUUUGGCCUACACAUGCGCAUGCAUAGCUCUGGCAAGCAUGUUAUACAGGGAAGGAGAGAAAUAAAAGUCAGUCAGUAUUUCCAGAGCUCAUUUGCUCAUUUGGUCAGGUGGUUAGGCUGGGAUGACAGCAUUAAACUCUGUGGAGCCUGGAGUUUUGUUAGUGCCUGUGGUCUGUCUCGCGUUCUUCUUAAUUGCCUAGGCAUCAGUUACCUCAGAAUAAACAAACCACUAAUUGUGUGUAUAUAUAUAGAUCUAUUUACAAUGUAUAGCUUUCUUUCCUCAACAUGGAGUGAAAAUAUUUCCUUAGACUAUAGACUAUAAAGUCCCCCUAACCAUCUCUCUCAUCCCUAUUUUCUACUGUUGUUAAAAAGUGUUAUAUCUUGCCAGGCCCACGCCUUUAAUCCCAGGACUUGGGAGGCAGAGGCAGGUGAAUUCAAGGCCAUCUUGGUCUAUGGAGCUAGUUCCAGGACAUCCAGGGCUACACAGAGAAACCCUGUCUUGAAAAACAAAACUUUUUUGUAAAAGUUUUUUUUUUAAAGUGUUAAGUUUAUAUGUUAUAAGACCCAUUUGACAUACAAGCUGGGGUUCUGUUUCUGAAUAUCCAGUUGGUUGCCAGAAUGGUUCUUUACCAGGAAGUGAAUUGUUCACCUGUGUACUCCCAAGCACAUUAUAUAAUAUAGUAAGCCAUUGUCCCCAAAAGAAGAAAGAGUAGAAAGUUUGGAAAGGCUUUUCCAUGACCUAUAAGAUUCAGGAGCCAGGAGGUAAGAAAAGACAGAUCAGCAAAAAGAUGGACAGAUCUCCAUCUUUUGUACAGCAGCAAAGACAACUUUAUGAACUGUUUUAACUUUUUUAUUACAUUUAAAUAAUUUUAGCACAGCCUUUGGAAACAACAUAUUUUUGGCUGUCGAAAUAUUUGUUAUAUUUUGCUUCAAUACUAAUGAUAUUUUUCCGUUUUCAGUUUUUGACAUUAAGGAAUUUGGGGUGAAAUGCUGGACUGGGUAUGAAAAGUCUUAAAAUAUAUCUUGUUUGAAAGAAAUAUAACCAAAAUAGAACAAGGACUCAAGAAUAGAAGAUGUUUAGUUGGUGUGUACCCCUGCGUAAUAACCACUCUGUUUAUUUUAUUUUUUAGUUUAGAGCUUUUUUCUUGUUUUUUUUCCCCUUUUCAUUUGUUAUUUGAGAACUUUGUACAAUAUAUUUGAAUCAUAUCCACCUUCUUCCCCCAACUACCCCCAGAUCUAACCCCUUUCCCUACCCACCUAAUAUUGUGUCCUCUCUCUCCAAAAAAAAAAAAGAAAAAAGAAAAAAAAAAAAACCAUCAAGCAGUUUGUGCUCUCCAUCUCUCCAUAUACAUAUAUUCUUUUAUUAUUUUUUUAUCUUUGUUUUUUUUUUUUUUUUUUGAGACAGGGUUUCUUUGUGUAGCCUUGGCUGUCCUGGACUUCCUCUGUAGAGUAGGCUGGCCUCGAACUCACAAUGACCUGCCUGCCUCUGCCUCCCUAAGUGCUGGGAUUGCAGGCACAUGCCUUAAAUAACCUCCCAACCAAUUAAUUUUGAAAGAACUGGCACAAGGGACCCCAUUUUUCCUGUUGAGUUUGAAACAUGGUCUUACUGUGAAGCCUUGAAUUCAUGAUCCUCCUUUUUAUCCUCUUGAGUGUCUGGAUUACAAACAAGAACCAUCAUGCCCGGCACAAAUUUAUUUUGAUUCUGGCAACCUUUUGCCUUUGGCCACAGUUUUUUGUUUGUUUUUGUUUCCGGAACCCGCUUUCUGAUUAACCAUCUGGUGGUUUGGUCUCAGCUAUCUCUCAUCACUGGGAAGGGAUCUGUCCCAUUGGCUUGAUCUGAUCUCAUCAUUUUUGAGGAGAGUAAGUGACAGGUAUCAAGGAGUUAGUGUUAACGAAUUACAGAUGGCCACAUGUAAUCAACUAAAGAUAUACAACAGUCGUUCUCAGCCUGUGGGGAUGCUACCCUUUUGGGGGCCGAAUGACCCCUUUCACAGAGGUCAUCUAAGGCCAUCCGCAUAUCAGAUAUUUACAAUGCAAUUGUUAACAGCAGAAAAAUUACAGCUGUGAAGUAACUUUACAGCUGGGGGUCACCACAACAUGAGCAACUGUAUUAAAGGGCUGAAGCAUUAGGAAGGUUGAGCACUCCACCUGGAGCCUAUUUUUAAAUUUAUUCUUUUUACUUUUAAAUACUUUAUUUUAUUUUAUGUGCAUCAGUGUGAAGGUGGCAGAUCCCUUGGAACAGGAGUUACAAACAGUUGUGAGCUGCCAUGUGGGUGCUGGGAAUUGAACCCAGAUCCUUUGGGAAGAACAGACAGUGCCCUUAACCACUGAGCUAUCUCUCCAGCCCUUAACUUUACUGUUGGUUACUGCAGGUGAUAUCAUGUCCUUUCCUCUUCUAAAGAAAUGCGCAGUUUCUUUUGUUAGGAAUUUUACUUAUGCAAAAUGUCAACAGACAGCAGUGUUUAAUGAGAAUUAAGAACACAACCCAAUAGCAACAAAUAUUUUAAGAAGACUGGUUUAGUAAAUAAGUACGUGUUAUAACCAUUUGCUGAAAGUGGUUGUAAAUCUUUAUUUAGACAGCUUCUCACACAUCCUAGCUGGCUUCAAAUUUGUGAGGUAGCAGAAAUAACUUUGGAUUCCUGAUGCUCCUCGCUUCACCUCCUGAAGGCUGGGGUUACAGGCAUACCCAACCACACUUGCUUGACGUAACUGUAGGGGUGGACCUUGGGCUCCAGGAUUGCUAGGCAAACUGUCUCUCACCUGAAUUAUACCCCAGCCCCUGAUUAUAAAUUUUAUAGAGACAGGCUAGAACGGUGGGAAGCAAAAGAAUUAGAAUAGUUCUGCAAUAAGCUUAGCAAAAAAAAAAAAAAAAAAUCAGCAACUAAAGCCAUCUUAAAAUAAACUUGCGUAUAAAUUUGAAAACAGGGGUUUGGAGAUAUAUAUUAUAUAUACAUUAUAUAAUAGAUAAUAUAUCAUCUCAGUGGGAGAACUGACUCAGUGAUGAAGAACACUUACUGCUCUUGCAGAGGACCUAAGUUCAAUUCCCAGCACCCAUGCCAGGCAGCUCACAGCCACGUGUAACUCCAGACCCAGCUCAUGCCUUCUUCUGGCCUCUGUGAGCACUAGCACACACAUGACACACAAACUCACACAAGCAAAAAUAACAGCAAAUGAUCUCUUUUAAAAAGUUGUAAUUAGAUAUUUAAAUAAACCUUGAGUUUGUUAAAACUCAGUUUUCUUUAAAAAAAAAUUUUUUUUUUGGAGACAGAAUUUCUCUGUGUGUAGUCCUGACUGUUCUGGAAUUCACUCUGUAGACCAGGCUGGCUUCAGAGAUAGCUGCCUGCCUCUGCCUAUCACGUGCUAGGGUUAAAUGUGUGUGCCACCACACCUGGCUAAGACCCAGUGUUCUAAGUAGUUAAAAUCCUGACAAAUUUAACAGAAAAAAUACCUUGAUUAAACAUAAAUUUUUAUUUUUUUAGUUGGUUUUGUAAAUAUUACCAAGAACAAAUCAAUAUCUUAAGAGAACCUCAUUGAUUUAACCAGAGAACUAGGUUAUAGUUGUAUAUUACUAUACUGAAUUUUGACCUCAGAGAUUUUAAUAAGAUUCAAGCACCAUAAUUAUUAUCAUUAAAGAAGAUUCUUUUCAGCCUGGCAGUGGUGACACAUGCCUUUACUAAGGAAGCAGAGGCAGGCGGAUCUCUGAGUGUUAGGCCAGCCUGGGCAACAGAGUGAGUUCCAGGACAGCCAAGGCUACACAGAGAAACCAUGUUUUGAAAAAGAACAAGGCAGCUGGGCAUGGUGGCACAUACCUGUAACCCUAGCACUUAGGGAGGCAGAGGCAGGAGGAUCACUGUGACCCUCGUGUCCUUGUGACACUGUGUGUGCCAGCUGGUCUACAAAGCAAGUCCAGGACAGCCAAGGCUAUACAGAGAAACCCUGUCUCAAAAGAGAGACAGAGAGACAGAAAGGAAGAAAAAAGGAAAAAGAAAAAGAAAAGCAAAAUAAUAAGAAAAGAUUUUUUUCUACAACCCUAUGUGACUUGUGUGGAUUGUAUAUUUCUUUCUCUGCCACUAAACUGUUUUUCUUUUUGAGUUUGUUGUUUUUGGUGUGUGUGUGUGUGUUUUGCUUUAUUAUUUUAAAUUUAUCAGCUUCUCUAUUAAAAGAGUAUUGCAUCAAAAUUACAUUUCUGACGGAGUGUAGCAGAUAAAGAUUACUCACCCACAUUUUACUGGGCUAUAAAAUUCCUGCCUGUGCAAGACCUAAGCAGACCUCAUUGCUGCUUGGAUUUUUUUUUAAAUUGUUUUACACAUUUUUUUCUUUGUCUCACUUAUGUCUGAGGGUUACAGAAUCACACAUUACAGCAAAGAUUGGCAAGAUAACAAAGCCUUCACUGUAUAAAUGAAAAGGCAUGAGGGAAGGGGCCAAAAUCCUAUAUGCCAACCCUGUAGUUACAGUACGAGUUUUGUUCCCCUGAAAACUGUGCAAGAGAGCCAAUGCCUAGCAAAUACCAAAUAAAAGGCAGAGACUGUAACUCUGCCAACUGGUUCACAGUCAGGAUCUCUAAGGCCAGAUUAAACUUGGUUGCAAACUGCUAUAGAUACAAAAUGAUACAUUACAACAGUUAGGAUUGCUGAGACGACCAGUGACUGAAAGCACUUGUUGGACAAGCCCAAUGACCUAGCUCAAUCUCUGGAACCCACUAAGAGUAAAAUGAUAGAACUGAUGCCAAAAAUUUGACCUCUGACUUCCACAUGUCUGCCACACACCCACACAUCACACAUGCUCAUAAUAAAGAAAAGAAAAUUAAAACAAUUCCAUUAACUCACAGUACGCUCUUAAAUGGAAACAAGAUAGGAUACUUAAGGUAGUAUCUUCCCCUAGUUUUCAGAUCAUUAGCCAAAAACCGUAAUUGUAAAAUAAUAUGAUAAUUAGAGAAACAUCUAAUGGCAUCCACCCCACCCCAGAAUAUAAUACAUACAGUGGCCAAAGUUUUUACAAUAAUAUGCCAUUUUUUUUUUCUUAUCAGAUAGUAAAUGUAAUGAGGCCAAUUGACUGGGUGCUUCUUCCUAAGUGCUUGUCAUCAGGAGUGGAGUCUAUGACAUCCAUUAUAGUGAAAUUGUGAAGUAAACCAAACAGAACAGAGCAGACCAUAUGCUUCAUGUGCCAUAACCCAGGAGAAGUAAAAAUUGCACUAAAACACACCAGAAGCCAAGCUGGGUGCUAGUGGCCCAGGCCUUUAAUCCCAGCACUCAAGAGUCAGAGGCAGGCAAAUCUCUGAGUUCAAGGCCAGCCUGGUUUACAGAGUGAGUGCCAGAAUGACCAAGGUUACACAGAGAAACCUUAUCUCGAAAAACCAAAAAAGAAACAAACAAAAAAACCAAAACAACAACAACAAAACAGAAGCCAGACAAGCUGCAACCCAAUGACAAGGAGUGUCAGGAGCUGGGACAGGAAAAGUCUUCAAGUGAUUGUAGGAUCCCCAGAAUAGACAGUCUUUGAGACUCUUUAGUAGGUCAGGGACUAACUGGACAGCCCUAAAGCCAUUUAGGAAGAGGUACCAGAGAGGUAACCAGAAUACUAAGAUCAUACUGCCUUCUUAAUGUGAAUGCCAAUGAUUGGAAAUUAUAAUUUAAUCUUUAAACUGUGAGUUAUUCAGGGCAUGUAUAAUCCAAGAAGGCAGAGAGUUUUAACAUUCUAAAACAACAACAAAGCAACAAAAAACUGCCUUAUAUCUCGUCUCCAACCUGCACGUUUGUAGUGGAUGUGGGUAGGGGAAGCUGGGGCAGGGGAGACAGGGGAGGAACAAAAGAAAUCGUCAUUUCAGAGUUCAGGCUUUCGCCUCUGGCCACGUAGUCAGCCUUGUCCCUGAGGUUUAUGUUGUACAGCUGGGCUCAGACAUUUCCUAGGAUGUAUCAAGUGCUUAGGGCCAAGGAAUCCCCUAUCCUCUUAGAUAACACAGGGUGUGGCCCCCAUGUGCUCACCAGGGUCAGAGACACACAGGCUAUAGUGAAGCUUCUCCUGUGAUACUCCGCGUACCACCUAUCUCCAAAAUCACCCUCUUGCUUGGGGUACCAACAUUUCAACUCUUUGGGACAAGGAGGAGUCACUGGAUAGUGGGGAGCCCUUCACGUGCCAUGUGCUUGUCUCGGCCCGCAGCUACUCACUCAAGAACGGUCCAUCUUGCCAGAACGCUGGUGAAUGUGAUGGCAGAUAGGGAAUGCCUGGAUACAUCUGCGUCACAUUUGGGACAUUUGUAUCUUUUCUGAGAUGUAUCGGAAGCACACAACCUGAUCGUGCCAGAUUGCUGAAUGUGCAUGUCAGACUAUUUUGUGCCAUGUCAAGGAACGCCAUGUGUGUUGUGUCCAUGACAGAUCACGAUAACACAUGCCAUAUGUCCCGGGAUAUGUCAGCUGCUGUCGCACCCAAGGAAAUGACUUUCUAUGGCUUCCUGAAGCCCUGGCUAGGGGACGGGCUCCUGCUGAGCGCUGGUAAGAAGUGGAGCCACCACCGGCGCCUGCUGACACCCGCCUUUCACUUCGACAUCCUGAAGCCCUACGUGAAGAUUUUCAACAAGAGUGUGAACACCAUGCACGCUAAGUGGCAGCGCCUGGCCUCCGAGGGCAGCGCCCGUCUGGACAUGUUUGAACACAUCAGCCUCAUGACUUUGGACAGUCUGCAGAAAUGCAUCUUCAGCUUCGACAGCAACUGUCAGGAGUCCCCCAGUGAAUACAUUGCAGCUAUCUUGGAGCUCAGCGCCCUCGUAGUAAAAAGGUCCCAGCGGCUCCUCCUGUAUGCGGACUUCCUGUACUACCUCACUGCUGAUGGGCGGCGCUUCCGCAAGGCCUGUGACCUGGUGCACAACUUCACAGAUGCUGUCAUCAGGGAGAGACGCCGCACCCUCAAUACCCAGGGUGUUGAUGCAUUCCUCAAGGCCAAGGCUAAGACUAAAACUUUAGACUUCAUUGAUGUGCUCUUGUUAGCCAAGGAUGAACAUGGAAAGGAGCUGUCAGAUGAGGACAUCCGAGCAGAGGCUGACACCUUCAUGUUUGGAGGCCAUGACACCACAGCCAGUGGGCUCUCCUGGAUCCUGUACAACCUGGCGAGGCACCCAGAAUACCAGGAGCGCUGCCGGCAGGAGGUGCGGGAGCUCCUGAGGGACCGAGAGCCUGAGGAGAUUGAAUGGGACGACCUGGCCCGGCUGCCCUUCCUGACCAUGUGCAUCAAGGAGAGUCUGCGGCUGCACCCCCCAGUCUCAAUAAUCUCCCGCCGCUGCACCCACGACGUUGAGCUGCCAGAUGGCAGGGUCAUCCCCAAAGGGACCGUCUGUGUCGUCAGCAUUUUUGGGGCUCACCACAACCCUUCAGUCUGGCCAGACCCUGAGGUCUAUGACCCCUUUAGAUUUGACCCAGAAAACUCACAGAAGAGGUCACCUCUGGCAUUCAUUCCCUUCUCAGCGGGCUCCAGGAACUGCAUAGGACAGACUUUCGCCAUGAGCGAGAUGAAGGUGGGGCUGGCGCUGACGCUGCUGCGCUUCCGCGUCCUGCCGGGUGACAAGGAGCCGCGCCGGAAGCCGGAGCUGAUCCUGCGCGCAGAGGGCGGGCUGUGGCUGCGGGUGGAGCCGCUGAGCGCACAGUGACCCCACGCCUGCCCUGGGACCUCCUCGCCUACCCUCACAGCUCCUUGGAUCUUUACAUAAACGGAGCUGCCUCCUGUGCCAGAAAUGGCAAGGAGCGCCAGCCCAGAAUAGGGGCUCCAUGAGGAUGGGCAUACCCCUGGAGCUCACGCCUAGAUUUUUAUCUUGUGAGAGCCACUGCAGGUGUUUGAACGGGAGAAGGUUUUCCUGCGGAUUCAUGGCUCUGUGGUCAUUGAGGCAAAUCCUUAAAUUCACCUUUAUUUUAUUUUCGUCAUACUUAGAGCUAUCCUCCUUGCUUUUGUCCUUCAGGUGCUGCACUAAAGGAGUGGAACACUAUGAAGGGGUAAUGGUAGAAUCUGAAGAGUGUUCCUUAAGCAGGGGGAACCUUGGAACGCCUGAGGAUGCUUUUAUAUAACUUUCAGGGCUUGUGAUGGACAGAGCAGCUAAAAUUUACGUGAAAUCACAGUAACACUCCCCAACUUCCUUUCGCCUUUUCUGCAACAGUGUUCUUAUCCCUUGCGCUUUCCUCUUCCUGCCGGAGGCUGUCACAUAAUUUCCUUAUUGAAUAAGUUCUGGGCUUUGAUUUUCCCUCUCCCAUCAUGAGACCAUUAAAACUGAGUUUCAGACUAAGAAGCCAGCCUGGUUUACAAAGCGAGUUCCAGGAUGACCAAGGCUAUACAGAAAAACCCUGUUGUUGUAGAAUAUUAAUAUUUACUAUUGAUAUAUCUUUUAGUUAAGCAGCAGUUAUUCCUAAACAGCUGUAUAACCAAAUCACGGCACAGAGACUAGGAUUUAUUUAAUUAAUCUAGAGCACAAUGCGGGGCAAUAGUUACUCCAUCCUAAACUUCCAAGCCCGCAUAGUUUCCUACCAUUCAGAUUCACCCAUUAUACUUGAUUUAGUGAUAUCUUAUGUCCGGUUCAUUUCUCCACAUGGUUCUAAGACCUCUCCUACUGAUUUUCCUUUCCUCUUCUCUCCUGCUUCCUUCCUUCUCUUCCCACUCAGGACCAGGAUGUCCCACCCUAUUCUCAGCAUUGCUCAGCAUUGUGGCUGGCUGUUUUAAUAGACAAUAUAGAGAACAAAUGGUGACAUGUUUACAAAAACUUGAGACAGGUGAUGCUUAGAAUAGGCAUUACAAUGCAAUGUCCAGAUUGAAACCAGACAGUGGGGAAGAGAAAUCAGCAUUUGAAUGAACAAGGGUAAAUUGUAAACAUUCCAAAAGAACAUUAUACCAACACCCUAUCUCAAACAAACAAACAAAAAAACUUAUUUUUAACUGGGCAUGGUUCCACAUCUCUACUCCCAGUAUUGGGAGGCUGAAGCAGACAGAUGUUGGAGACCGAAGGCUGAAGUCAGUCUAUGCUACACAGUGAAACAGUGUCUCAAAGUGUGGUGCAGGGAUGUUGGCAGAAUGCUUGCCUAUCCUGCAGGAAGGGUAGGCAUCCCCGUGAUCUGGGCAUGGUGGUACAAGCCUAAAAUCUAUCACUUGGGAGUUGGAAGGAGGAGGGUCAGAAAUCCAAGGUCAUCCUUAUCUACACAACAAGUUACAAGCCCUCCUGGUAUGCAUGAGGCACUGCCUCAAAAACAUUACUUAUUAUUAUCUCAUGUGGGGGUGGUAUACAUGCCUCAGUGUGUGUGUGAAGGUCAGAGGACAACUUGUGGGAAUGGGUUCUCUUUUAUUGUACUGCAGAGACUCCUGGAUUGAAUGCAGGCCCGCAGGUUUGGCCUUCACUAUUCAGCUGUCUCACAGCCCCUCAAGGAAGAUUUUACACGCCCCUAGUAUACUGGUGUCUCCAUUCUUUGAUGUGUUGGGAUAAUAAUUACCUUUGAUUUUAUGGUUUUCAGACCACAGUUACCCAUAUCACUACCCAUAUCAGAUAUUACAUAGCAUAAAAGAUCAUAGACUUUGAGCAAAUAAAGGGGACAGGUGUACUUUGGGACAGAUUCCCUUGGUAAUGUUGUUUGUCCUUUGUUUGGGAGAAGAAUAAAGAAUGGGUAUCUUGGUAGUCACUGGGUGGGCUGUUUCAGGGACUGCAACUGUUAGUUUCUGGCCACCAUACUCAUUAUUGCCUUUAUUUAUUUACUUGUUUGUUUGAAUUUAUAAUGUAGUUAUAACAUUUAUCUUUUUCCUUUCCUCUUUUCAAACCCUGCCAUAUCCUUUCCUACUCUCCUUUAUAUUCAUGGCCUCUUAUUUCAUUGUUACUGUAUGAUUUCCUAAAUAGGAAUAUGAAUUCCUAAGUAGGAAUAUAGGUAUAUUCCUAAAUAUACUUGUGUGUUUUCAAGGCUGACCAUUUAUUUAUGCCAGAUUUAGUGAUGUAAACCUUUAAUCUUAGCACUCAGGAAACUGAGGCAAGUGGAUCUUUGUGAAUUCAAGGCUAGCCUUGUCUAGCCUGGUCUACACAGCAAGUUCCAGGACAGCCAGGACCAUGCAGUGGGACCCUGUCUCAAAAAAUAAUGUUUUAAAAUCUUAUGUGUUGAGUGUUUCCUUGUAUGAGUGCGCUCCGUACAUAAGUAUAGGCAUGCACAGAGUCCAGAAGAGGGUAUUAGUCCUGAGAACAGAAUGCUGAUCCUCUGCCAUAGCAGCAAGUGCUCUUAACUGCUAAGCUGUCUCUCCAGCCCCAUGAUUCCCAUAACUUCGAAGUCUGUUUUGAAGGGGGAAAUAGGGAUUCUUCAAUUAUAUUUUUAUUUUCAAAUGAUUUUUGGCUAUUCUAUGCCUUCGGGGUCUUCACAUACAUUUCACAAUCGGGUGAACAUGGCAAUGGACAUCUUUCAUCCUAGCACCCAGGAAGCAGAGCCAGGUGGAUCUGCCAAGUUCCAUGCCACUUUGACCAAAUGGUGAGACCCCGUCUCAAAAUUAAUUACUUUCAUAAUCAGUGUGUCUAUUUCUACAAAGAAUGCUGCUCCAAUUUUGUUAAAACUCCUUUAAAUCAAGCCAGGCGUGGUGGUGCACUCCUGUAAUCCCACACCAGGGAGGCAGACACAGGUGGAUCGCUGUGAGUUUGAGGCCAGUCUGGUCUACAAAGUGAGUUUAGAAUAGCCAAGGAUACACAGAGAGACCCUGUCUCAAAGGAAAAAAAUAUUUAAAUCAAUAGGCCAAUUUGAAGAGAAUGCAUUUUAAUAUUGUUGAGUCAUCCUUUCCAUGAACAUUGUAUGUCUCUCCAUGUAUUUGGAUCUCAUUGAAUUCUCUCAUCAGUGCCUUAAGGUUUUCAUUGUAGAUAUCUUGCACAUAUUUAGUAAAACAUUUUGUAAACACA